AUGGCUCGAAAAAAAUUAAAAGACGAUGAUGUCAUCAAAUUUGAAUUUUCUACAUAUCAAAAUAUACAAGAAAUCGGAAAAGGUGGGUUUGGUAUUGUUUAUUCGACAUAUCGUGAUGGGAAAAGGUACGCAUUGAAAACCUUUAAAAAUGACGAUGCGAAUAAAGAAGUAACUAAGGAUUUUAUUAAAGAGCUUAAACAAUUACAUGCUAUUACUUUUCAUCCUAACAUUAACAAAUUCUAUGGAAUUACGCGCGGUAUUACAAUAAUGGAAUCUACGGCAAUAUUUAGAAAAAAAGGGCUCAAUCAUACUUUUGAAAUCUCAUUAAAUGAAAUUAUCCAAAUUUCAAAACAAAUUACUGACGGAUUAGAUCAUUUGCACAAAAAUAAUAUAAUUCAUUGUGACUUGCAUUCUAAAAAUAUCUUGAUAAACGAUGAUAAAUUUUUAAUUGCGGAUUUUGGGUUAUCAAGAAAAAUAGAUGACACUUACAACUCUUCAGCUUCGAUAAUAAAAGGCAUGCCUGCAUAUCUUGAUCCAUAUUGUCAUUGCGAACCCGGGAAAAAACUUGACCAAAAGUCAGAUAUUUACAGUUUAGGUGUAAUAUUUUGGGAGCUUACAAGUGGAAUUCCUCCAUUCGCAAGUGCUUUUAAUGGAAUCAUCACAUUAGUAUAUGCAUUAGCUGGCUUCCGAGAACAAGUAAUUCCCGGUACGCCAAUAGGUUACGAAAAACUAUAUAGAAAAUGCUGGAAUACUGAACCGGAGGAACGUUCAACAAUAAACAAAAUUCUUGAAGAUCUUAAUUCAAUAUCAAAAAGAGAAAACACAAUUUACAC